AGUCGUUCGUGAACAUGGCUACGUAGUUAGUAAUGUGCACCAUUCAUGGACAUUUGCGCUGGCUUACAGGGCGGAACAGCGAUUUCACACAUUGGCCCUGUUCGGUUAUUACUGGUAGUACUGAAAGGCUGCGUUCGAGCAGCACGCGCUAUCAGCGCUAUUGCGUCAUUCUAUCUGUGUUUUACAUUUAAUGAGCAUGAAAGAUAGAAUAAUGCAACAGCGCUGAUAACGUGCUUCCCGAACGCAGCCGAAAUCUAUAGAUUCACGUCACGUAUUCGAAAAACCAUGCGUUCCGACUGGGCAGACUGGAAACGUGAAUGUUCAGACGAGCCAAUCAGAAUCUCCCACACUGACUCGACAACAACGCACUCUGCCAACUAACUAUUUCGCAACCUUGAAACAUUCCGUGUGAAACAUAUUUGUCACAAGGUCGAUCACCUUCUUUUCUAGCCUCCUUGAUUCAAGCAUUCCAAAACAUUUACUCGUAGACAUUUGCUGAUUGCGCGAGGUGCACGGACGGAGUGUGACGAUAAGUGUCGAAAUUAUAGACGUGACUCCUCCACUGUGAUGUUCACCAAACGGACGCGCGAAUAAAACCGAUCCGUGUACACGAACGAAUGAACAAAAAAAAAGUAGGCGUACCAAGAAGAUCACGUUUGACAAUAGGUGAAUGCCUACGCCAAUCGUAGAGCCGACAAAACGUCAUGCGAGGAACGCGCGGCGCGAGCACGUGAAGCGGCGCGAAUGAUGGAACCGGACCACAGCGGACACCACGGCAAAGGUGGCAGACGCUCGCGAUAUAUCGGGGAUCCUUCCUGACGUGGGCGGCGGAGCGACGGUUGCAAGCAUGCACCAGAACAGACGGAAGAAGAAGCGGGUGAACUACGGCGUAAGGGCGGUCGAGGUGAUACGGGGCGCAAAAGGCUACGGGUUCACAAUAUCCGGCCAACAGCCAUGCAUAUUGAGCUGCAUCGUGCAGGGCAGCCCGGCGGAGAGCGCGGGUCUGCGACCCGGCGACUAUCUUGUGGCCGUAAACGGGCACAAUGUGAGCAAAGUGCCGCACGACGACGUGGUGCAGCUGAUCGGCUGCUCUAAGGGGGUGCUGCGGCUGCAGAUAGCCGAGAAUUAUUACUCGGAUUCCUCGGACGAGGAAGGUUUGGCCACCGUAAGAUCCAAACCCAAGUACGCCCACAAACCGCGUGCCACUAACGCCAGUGCUUUGCAGUUGCAAUGUAGAGCGGCGAAGGUGGUUAGGGAUCUGCAGAGCGGAGCUAUGUUUCACGCAGCGACGGCAAACGCGGCGGCGACGACUGAGAACAAAGAACAGUACGAUUAUUCCGGUCUGCACUAUCGUUGGAACAUAACAAGCCCCCUCCCGCCACCGCCACCACCGGUGUCACAUAAGCGUGACUCAGAAAAGAUUGUUCACAGAACGGUGGUCGGUUAUCUCGGCACUAUUGACAUUCCCAAUCAGCUGCAUCCAUCCAGUAUGAUGCAGGUUUUGAGAAAAUGCAUUAAGAGAUUGAAGGCGGAGAAGCGAAAUCCGACCACCGUGCUUCUCACCAUCUACGUAGCCAACAUCAAACUCACCAAUUCGGAAAAUCGCAUUAUCGCCGAGUAUCCAUCGUAUCGGAUAAUAUUUUGCAAUUCCUUUUCGGAGCAAGACAAGCAGUACUUCGGAAUACUUACCAAGUCCAUGAAGAACACGGACGACAUUGUCUCGAACUCGUGUCACGUUUUUUGUAUUUAUUAUAAGUUAAUCGAUCACGAGGUGCAUUCUAGCGCGUGCAACGUGUUCGGAUUCACGUGUACGAAGUCGUCGGAGUCGAACGUUUGUCAGGAAUUUCCCGACAGUUGUACGAGCCUCAUUGGUGCCAUACAGACACUGUAUAUAUCCGAUUGCACAAACGGGGAGGCAAAUCCUUACAACGAAGCGCGUUUGCGCUUGGACACCGCCUCGCCGCAGCCGAGCAACGUUAGCACGUCGACCGCUCAUUCGAGCAACAGUGAUUCUGGAAUAGGUUUUAAGGACGACUACGGCAGCUGUUCGGGCAAAAACACGGUAAACGAUUACGGACGAAGAAGACAAUGCCCUACAAAUGUGCAAUAUAGGAAUAUGAACGCGCGCUCGUGCAGAGAAGCCGUCAAUGAGGCUGUUGGACAUCGGCUGGCGGUUCGCGCGACGUCCGAAGCUGGAAGAUGGAACAAGGAAUUGAAGUUCGAACCUUCUAAAGUGAUGCGACACGUGACGACGGGGAGCGGGGAGAUCAACUCGACUACCACCUGCGCCGGAACAUCUGCCCCUGUUAUGGCGGUGCGCAACGCGUUGGGCAGUGCGUCCGUUGGAUCCCUCGCGUCCGUUUGCACCACCGCGUUGCUCGACGGUAUCGAGGACGCCGCGGAAUUGUCGAAGACGUCGUCGACGGAAAAAUUGAAGCGACUGAUGGACACCACGAACAAGCUCAGCCCGAAAGUGUACUGCGGUCAGGUGACGAAGUCGCUGGUGCACAGCCUGGAAGAUAUCAAUUCAAGUAUGGAGUACGCGCGGCCACCCUUCUGUCACUCUUACUCGAGCAAGUCCGAUAGUAACCCUCGCCCAUGGGGAAGCCUCCAGGAGAUACGAAACAUCAGCAGCAGCGUGUCGGACAACUGCAUAUAUGGUAGUACAGAAUCGUGUGACAAAAACAAUGAUUGCAAAGGAGUACAUACAUGGGCAAACGGAUUUGAAAAGCUUUUGGAGGAUCCAAAGGGCUUGCAAACAUUUGCCGAGUUUCUCAAAAAGGAGUUUAGUCAUGAAAAUAUAUAUUUUUGGGCUGCUUGUGAGAGAUACAAAGAUACUAAAGACUCUACUACGCGCCGUCGAUUAGCAUGUCAGAUAUAUCAACGUCAUUUGUCGAAUACAGCCGCCGAGCCGGUCAACGUUGACAGUCAUGCGUCGGGACAAAUUACCCAAGAACUGCUCGACGAAGCACCAGCGGAUCUAUUUCUGCAGGCACAGAAACAAGUAUUCAACCUAAUGAAGUUCGAUAGUUAUCCAAGAUUUUUGCGCUCGGAACUCUAUCGCUCUUGCCUGGAGACUGGGAGCGCCGUAGUCAAUACGGAAGACUGUGAUUUACAAGUAACAAGUUCGCCUAGCGUAAAAUUGAAGAAGAGUCAUUCCGACGCGGAAGAUCGUUGCCGCAAAUCGAUUCUUCCCUGGAACAGAAAAAACAGAUCGAAAUCAAAAGAUCGCGGUGAGUCCGAGUACAACAAAGCUCCUAGCCGAAAUGAGACUAUAUAUAAAAGUUUUACAGCUAUCAAGAGAGAAACAGAGGGUAACAAUAACGAAGACAGUGUGUCCAUAUCCAGCAGUCGGUCGUCACUGGCUUCGUGGGAUCUGGCGUUACGACAGUCGUUCAACAAACAUUCCGUAUCGUCUUGCGACGGGCAAAUGAACGAAAAGAAAGAGACCCGGAAAUGCACGGGAUUGUGUCGAGUGAUAUUGCCCGAUGGGUCCACCACAGUAGUGACGACUAGCCAGACCGACAGCAUUAAAGACGUGGUUACCCGACUCCUCGACAAGCGAGCCCUACGCUAUUCUAACUAUGACGUUCUGAUAUUAGCAACGGAUGAGAUGGUAGACACGAAAUGCCCUUCGUCAGUAUUAGCAGGCCAGGAAGUGGAGGUCGUUCCCACGAAAGUUCUUAAAGUGGAAUUACCCUCGCGCAGAACGAUAAGCGUUAUCGCGCACAAGGGUAAAACCCUGAAGGAAGUCUUGAGGCCUCUCCUGAACAAAUAUAGUUUUAAUUUAGACUUAAUCAGUAUUUGGUGCGAAGGUCACUGUGUUCCCUUAAACAUUAUGGCCAUCAAUGCACCCGCCCGUCUCAGCGUAGUGACGAAUGAAGAAAAUUUUCAACGAGAAUUGCACACAGCCAAGUAUCUGGACGAAGUGCACGUACAGCCAACUUUGGAUGAAAUUACUAACAAAGUAUUUGAAGAGCUCUUAGAUGGGAAAAGUAGGAAUAAAUAUCAGUAUAGCGAAGGGUCGUGUAAAUCUGAUGAUCAACGUUCUGAAGGGUCUUCCAUAUUGUCUAGUAAGUUUUUUCUGCGAGAUUCGACGAUUCACGGAAAGAAGAAGGUAAAAUCCAAAUGCUGCAAUACAAGUGAGAAAGGUAAUUCGAACGAUUGUAUACACGAGGGAGCGCCUGUGAAAUCCCAACCGCCGCUUAUCGCGAAGUGGCGAAAUGGCGUAAAGCUGCAGCUUCCGAGCAGAUUCGACGGAGAUGAUUUAUACGAGGGAUUGAAGAGGGCACAGAGAUCGAGACUGGAAGAUCAGAGAGGAACGGAGAUCAAUUUCGAGUUACCAGAUUUCUUAAAGAACAAGGAGAAUGGGAAACCGUCGGAUUCUAACAAACUGCGAAGGACACGUGUGGUAUCGGCCAAUUGCGAAGGCACCACGAAGUUUUACGAUACUAGCGAGGAUAAGCAAAGCUGUAGUGGCGGAUACGAGUAUCCCGCGCACGUGACGAACGGAGCUGUGAACGAGCGAUUUUCAGCCCUGGUUAAUAUUACGGAUCCUUUAAGUAAGUGCCUUGACAGCUCAUACACUCUUGACGGCGACAGAACGCUAGUAGACGGUGAUCAGACGAUCAUAGAAAACGGUAGCAAUUCACAAUCGAAGAGCCCGCAUUCGUCGAGUUACGAUGCGGACGCGUCCCGCGCGAAAUUAGCGAAACCGCCGCCGCUACCGCCGAAACCGAAAAAUCUUGUCAUGAACGUAGUGAAAAGUGGAUACAUCAUGACUCCUAAAACUCCUUUGCAAAGGCCCAAUCAUGUGAUCGAGUAAAAAAUUUUGAGAAUCUUGUAAAGAGAAAUUUAUAUUUUUAAUUAACGUAACGUAUUUUUAUAUGUGAUGAU